CUGUUAGGCCUAAGACCUUGUGGUGGUACCCAUCGAUGAUUGGGUAGCGGCGGGACAUGAGGAGGAGCAGAACCAUUGCUUCGGGACAGAAUGAUACAGUUACAGUGGCAACUGUGGCAUCCUCUACCCCUUGCACCCAAAAAACCCAUUGGAAAUUUUAGGAAACCACUAAUUUCCCUUCUAUCUCCCCAUACUCUUCUCAGUUGCACCAAUUCCAAAUCCAGCUUAAGCUCCGAAGUUUCUUUCAAGUGCUUUUGUCACAAAACUGAAAACACCCAUGAAGCCUCUUCUCAGGGAUUCUCGGUUUUGGCAGCAGAUGCUCCAUGGGACCAUGGAAGUUUAUGGAGCACUAUGGCUUUCUAUAUGUUCAGUUUGCACAUUCCUCUGAGUUUUGGAGGGUUGUCUGUGGUUGCUCAUGUAUUGCAUGAACCUAUUCUUGAUCCACAGAUAGAGGUGAGUUUGUUUCUUAAUUUGUAUGAUCGACCUGGCGCAAAAAUGCCUUUUUACACCAUUCGAUUCUCGGAAGAAUGGGAAAUGUGAGAGGAUACUUACACAAAAUGCUUUACCGAGAAGGGCAAUCUUACUUCCCUUUUCAUCAUUUAACAAUUAACAUUGAAAUGUAGGUGUCGUUUUUCGGGGCUGAAUAUUGGAUUUCUUUGUCUUCUGUCCUUGUGUAUGGAUUGGCAUAUGCCUUAUUGAGGCUAAUGAACCACCCUAUAGUCAAGUAGCCCAUCCAGUCCUCUCUUUACAUCAAACUUAGGAUUCAAAACUCAAAAAAGUGACAGUGGUUACCAACGUACAUCGUUCUGUAAUGCAGAGAUAGGAAUCUCAUCGGCAUCUUCGAAGUACCAAUUGAAAUUUGAAACAAACAACAAUUAGCAUCCCGUGGUAUAGCAUUGUUCCCACGCCCAUAAGAUCUGUAGUUCAGUA